AUGAUCACACUAGGUCCAAGCAUUGCUGUUGCUAAUUAUGGUACGAAUAACAUUGGAAUAUGUUUCAAUUAUGGAAAUGGAACAUUUCAAGAUCACAUUCUUUAUUCGACCAUUCAUAAUUCCAACCCAUCGUCGAUUGUUGUCGGAGAUCUAAACAAUGAUCAAUCGUUGGAUAUCAUCACAGUUGGGCUUUGCCUUUCGUACAUAGAACCCACGACAACUUCAACAACUACAGCUACAACAACAACCAACGUCUUGUGUACGUCCGGUGGAAUACCUCUGACUUUUGAUGAUAUUCCAAACGCAGAUGACUCUCAAGGACCUAUACCAUCAAAUUAUGGCGGACUGAAUUGGACCUCUUCAUCGUAUAUAAAUACAAGUGAAUUCCCCAGUUCAGGUUAUCAUUACGUCUGUGGUUCUGGUGUAUAUGCAUUAUGCUUCGACACUACUCUCAAAAUAGAAACACCGGUAGAAACCAAUACAGUAACACUCAAUUCUUGCCGAAUGGCAGCGGGUUGGUCAAACUCGACCAAUUUGACAAUUACUGGUUAUUAUUCAAAUACACAACUAUACACAAUUACAGUUCUAUUGAAUACCUAUUCAGCAGUUUUACAAGUAUUUAAUUGGCUAGGACUAAAUAAAAUUGUCAUGCAAGCAUCAGGAUCAGCAAUAUUGCAUGUUGGUCUUGAUAAUUUAUGUAUCACCUUUGGCAUCAAAUAA